UUCCAACUUCAACAGGUGUUGAACCGUUGAGUCGCGAUUUAUUACGCAUACGAGAACGCGCACAACUAAACUGGGAUUACUUUGCUUUAAUUAAGGAGCAUACCACAAGCACCCGCCGAACACACAAGUUUGCCAUUCCUAAAGAUGGGUCGCCAGUCGAAACUGGUGUUGCUGCUGGUCCUCUGUCCGAUAUUACUGCAGACCACCUACUCCAGCACACCGAAGCCAAAUGCAGCUAUUCACCUCGUACACGAUGAUAUUUUGGAUAAUGAGCUAGAUUCUGGCGAGGCAGAUACAAUUUCCAUGCCCAAGAUCAAGCAAGAGCAAGUGGAAUCAAUAACAAAGAUCGCUGGCAAGCCGAAACCAUCAACAACAGAGGUUCCGGUCAGUGAGGAAAUCCCUAAAGAUGAGGGAUCUAAACUGGACGAUCAUCUAAAGACAGAGAGCGUAAAAAGCAGUAAGAACAAUAGCAGCGAAGGUAACUACGAGUAUGGUGACUAUGAGUACGAUGACGACGACGAUGAAUACGAAAACUACGACAACGAGGAGGUGGAGUCGACUAGUGUGCGUUCGAAGAACAGCAAAACCAAAAAUGUGACGCCCAAACUACACACUACCGAGGAGGAGAGUUCAUCGAAACCGAAGGCAAAGAAUGGCAAAGCUGUAGAGAACAAGGAGAAUGCAAUUGACAAUGAUUCGAAUUACGACGACUAUGAUGAGGAUGAAAAUAGUUCCGACGAAGAUGACGAGUCCGACAACAUUGCCGACGAGGAGGUAGUGUUCAGCGAGAACGUGCCAUGCGCGAGAUACUGCGUCUGUUCGCGUAAUGUCAACAGCUACUUGGUUGCCACCUGCAGCAGACUAGAUCCAGGCACUCAGAAGUUCGGUUCGGAUAUCUCGGACUUGGUCGUCACCAAUGUGGGUCCCAAAUAUCCCAUAUUGAUGGGUCCGAAGUUCUUCCACCAACUGGGUCUUAAAAAGGUCGUAUCUAUCAAGAUUGCCAAUUGCACCAUAGAGUACAUGCAUCCUGAAGCAUUCCACGGCUUGGAGGACCUCUAUGCUGUUAACUUGACAAAUGCGGGUCUAGCAAUCAUCAGCCCAGAUACCUUUGAUCAGAACAAAAAACUGCGUAUGCUCACUAUAUCUGGCAACGAUUUAAGCAUCAUGUCCACCGUCCACUAUUUGCUGAAGUCUUCUAGUGUUGAGGAACUUGACUUCUCUCGAAACAACCUAAUGGAACUUAAUCCGAACGCCUUCUCACAUCUCUCAAACAUCGUGUACAUCAACCUGGCCCAAAACGGCCUUAUGAAGAUACCUAAGAAUGUCUUCGAUUCCGUAGAAACCAUUGAGGAACUGGAUUUGUCCUAUAACUCACUGAAGGAACUUCCUGAAAAUAUUUUCAACCGCACCGCUCUAGCCAUACUUCACCUCAAAUAUAACUCUUUUACUGGCGACCUUAAAAUCGCCGGCAGCGAUCUGCAGCAAUUGGAUCUGAGCUUCAAUUCUAUUACGCAAGUGCAUCAUAGCAUGUUCGACAAAAUGACCGGCCUGACCAACCUUAACCUUAAGGGCAACGGUAUAAAGAAAAUUCAACCAGACUCUUUUCUAUCGCUGAAGAGCUUGCGGCACAUUGAUUUGUCCAUCAACGACUUGGACCAGCUGUCAAGUAUGCUGUUCUUCAAAAACUCAGAGCUCGACGUCAUCCGCAUGAAUGAUAACCCAAGACUAAGCCAACUGCCCACAGAUGGUUUUAUCAGCUACAACGGUUAUUUCACCGUUUAUUUCUUGGACAUAUCAAACUGUGCCAUUGGUGCUCUUGGUCACAAGACCUUUUCCACAAUGCCACACCUGACUACCCUAAAGCUGGCCUGGAAUAACAUCAACAGUCUACCCCGGGACAUCUUUGCUAGCCUGACCAAGUUGAUCGAUUUGGACCUGAGCAAUAAUCUCAUCUCUAAGCUGGAUGAGCUUAUCUUUAUGGAAAAUAAUGAGAUUACCAAACUAAACUUGGCCGGAAAUCCCAUCAAUAAAUUGUCCGUACGUCUCUUCAUGCCCCUACAUCAGCUGCGCUCUUUGGACAUGAACGACUGCGAGCUCGUUUCGCUGCUGUCCGAUAAACAGUUUGGUACCGACUACAAGUUCUUUGAAACCCUGCGAAGCUUUAACGCAUCCGGAAAUCUAAUCCGAAAGAUUUCGCCUGCCGACAUUAAGAGCUUUAAGAACCUUCGCUCCCUCGACAUCACCCACAAUCCACUCAAGUGCAAUGAUGAUUUCCAAGACUUUAUCAGCUAUGCUUCACUGCACACUCAGAUAAUGCCAAGGAAGGUGCCAGCGCUGGCCAAUUUGCAGGAUGAUGUAACGCUGGUUGAAAUCGAAACUCAAGCCAGCUGGGCACAAUUAGCUCGUGAUGUGUGCAAACAUAACGAGAUGCUCCACAAAGACGAAAAGCUGGAGAAACGCAUUGAGGAGGCCGAUAAAAAGGUCGAGGAAGACGAACGGAAACUGUUUAGCAUCAUGGAUGCCAGUGCACAGAACAAGAAUAAGCAGAGGAACAUGGAUAAAAUAAUGAAGGGCACAACGAAUGCUAAAACAGACAAAGAUGACGCUUUGAGUGGUAGCGCUGAGGAGGACCAGAAUAAUGGUGGUGAGGAUAAGGAGGAUGAUAAUGGAAGUGAAUAUGACACGGACGAUGAUGUCGAUGAUGAUGCUGAUGAUGAUGAUGACGAUGAUGAUGACGAUGAAGACAACAACGGAAAUGACGAUGAAGUUAAAGAAAACACUAAAGUCCACAUUAAGACACGGGGCCACUUCAAGGUCACAAACCACGGCCUUAAAGUUGAGGAAGUCGAACUAUCCAAGGAGACACGAGACAAGUUCUUGCUGAACAAACUGGGCCUCGACAACGAUGAUUUGAACAGCGAUGAGGAAGAAAUUAUCAUUGAGCGUGGCCACAUAUACUAUAAUGGCUAUAGUUUUAUGAUCCCAAUCAUUCUUCUUGUCACCUGUGUGGUUGUAAUUUUGUUGGCCAUCGUCAAAGUGGUGACAAUGAUUCUGCGCAGGCGCGGAGAGCGUUAUCGUAUGGCACUGUUGGCGCCAAAGAAUCCAUUCGUGUAUCAGAAACUCAGCGAAGAUAUUGUGAAGCCCGCGAUCAAGGAGCAGAAACAGCCAAAGGUGCACCGAUAUGCGCCCAUUAACCAGGUCUAAGUCCACACCGCAGAAAACAGCUUCGUAAACUGCAUCGACAGCGGUGUGGGGGAGUCAAGUGUGAUGCGCUGUUUUUUUAUUUAUAAGUUUAUUUUAGCUAAACACAUGGAAAUUCCAUACGAAAAGGUCUACAAAAUGGUAAUACAUACGAUUACAAUAAACAUAAAAGACAUCCGUGAACUUUCCGCAGCUACGUAUCAGCAGAGCUGGAAAUGAGUCGAGUAAAAAGUAUUAGCCAAACUGCAAAAAUAUUAAAAACCCGUACAAUCGAUGAAUCGGAGUGUUGUUGUUGUACUUAAUUCAACUACGUCCACCGAGGGCAAGGGGAACGACUGAUCAGCCAUCGUUUCGAGAGUAACGGCCUUUAAACAGGCUGGGACUUACUUAUUUUGUUUCAUAUAUUUACGUGUGGAGGAUUACUCAGAGUUGCGUUUGAUUUGGAUACGUUUGAUGAUUUAGUGCCAUUUUGCCGGAAAUUCAUAAAGUCCUACAUAGAGAGAGAGAGAGAGAGAGGAACGGAGAGAGAUAAAUCAAACCUAAAUUGAAUCAAAAAGAAGCAGACGAAAAUACUUAUGAUGUGUGAUGAGACCUUUCCUUCGGCUUAAAACCAACCUUUCAAAUUAAGGCAAAAGAAUGAGCAAAGCAAGAAAACACAAGAUAUAUACAAUAUAUACAUUUAAUUAAUAGCUAAGAUAAGUCUUUUUCUUCAAUUAUCCUAAACGAUUACCUAAAUGUUGAACUUAUAUACUACAUGCAUAUCUAUAAUCCGAAAACAAUAAAUUAUUAUCAGAUACACAGAGCAUACUACUUACAAUAAAUACAAAAUUCGACCAUCGAAGAACUUAAAUGUCGUGUUUAAAAGUUAUAUAAAAUAAAAAUUCUUUCUAAUUAA